CAGGCAGAGAAGAGGAAGUGGUAGCACUAGCUGUCGCUCCGGGCGCGCGGGCGGUGGGCGGCGGAGGCCUCGAGGGCGCACGGCCGGGCGGCGGGCAGCAGGCAUGGAGCUGUGGCGCCAGUGCACCCACUGGCUCAUCCAGUGCCGCGUGCUGCCGCCCAGCCACCGCGUGACCUGGGAGGGGGCCCAGGUGUGCGAGCUGGCGCAGGCCCUGCGAGAUGGGGUCCUCCUGUGCCAGCUGCUCAACAACCUGCUGCCCCACGCCAUCAACCUUCGGGAGGUCAACCUGCGGCCCCAGAUGUCUCAGUUCCUUUGCCUCAAGAACAUUCGGACCUUCCUGUCCACCUGCUGUGAGAAGUUUGGGCUCAAGCGGAGCGAGCUCUUUGAGGCUUUCGACCUCUUCGAUGUGCAGGAUUUCGGGAAGGUCAUCUACACCCUGUCCGCUCUGUCCUGGACGCCGAUUGCCCAGAACAAGGGGAUCAUGCCCUUCCCCACUGAGGAGGACAACGUGGGUGACGACGACAUCUACAGCGGCCUGUCCGACCAGAUCGACGACACGGUGGAGGACGACGAGGACCUGUACGACUGCGUGGAGAACGAGGAGGCCGAAGGCGACGAGAUCUACGAGGACCUCAUGCGCUCCGAGCCGGUGCCCAUGCCGCCCAAGAUGACAGAGUACGACAAGCGGUGCUGCUGCCUGCGGGAGAUCCAGCAGACGGAGGAGAAGUACACGGACACGCUGGGCUCCAUCCAGCAGCACUUCCUGAAGCCCCUGCAACGGUUCCUCAAACCCCAAGACAUCGAGAUUAUCUUUAUCAACAUUGAGGACCUGCUUCGUGUGCACACGCACUUCCUAAAGGAGAUGAAGGAGGCCCUGGCCAGCCCCGGCGCGUCCAGCCUCUACCAAGUCUUCAUCAAAUACAAGGAGAGGUUCCUCAUCUACGGCCGCUACUGCAGCCAGGUGGAGUCGGCCAGCAAGCACCUGGACCAGGUCGCUACAGCCCGGGAGGACGUGCAGAUGAAGCUGGAGGAAUGUUCUCAGCGAGCGAACAACGGGAGGUUCACCCUGCGCGAUCUGCUGAUGGUCCCCAUGCAGCGGGUACUCAAGUACCACCUGCUUCUCCAGGAGCUGGUGAAACACACGCAGGACGCGAUGGAGAAGGAGAACCUGCGACUGUCCCUGGACGCCAUGAGGGACCUGGCGCAGUGCGUGAACGAGGUCAAGAGGGACAACGAGACGCUGCGGCAGAUCACCAACUUCCAGCUGUGCAUUGAGAACCUGGACCAGUCUCUGGCCCACUACGGCCGGCCCAAGAUCGACGGGGAGCUCAAGAUCACCUCGGUGGAACGGCGCUCCAAGAUGGACAGGUACGCCUUCCUGCUCGACAAAGCGCUGCUCAUCUGUAAGCGCCGGGGCGACUCCUACGACCUCAAGGACUUUGUGAACCUGCACAGUUUCCAGGUUCGGGAUGACUCCUCCGGAGAGAAAGACAACAAAAAGUGGAGCCACAUGUUUCUCCUGAUCGAGGACCAAGGUGCCCAGGGCUAUGAGCUGUUCUUCAAGACUCGAGAACUGAAGAAGAAGUGGAUGGAGCAGUUUGAGAUGGCCAUCUCCAACAUCUACCCUGAGAACGCCACCGCCAAUGGGCACGACUUCCAGAUGUUCUCCUUCGAAGAGACCACGUCCUGCAAGGCUUGCCAGAUGCUGCUGAGGGGCACCUUCUACCAGGGCUACCGCUGCCAUCGGUGCCGGGCGCCUGCGCACAAGGAGUGUCUGGGGAGGGUGCCUCCGUGUGGCCGGCACGGACAAGAUUUCUCAGGGACUAUGAAGAAGGACAAACUGCACCGAAGGGCUCAGGACAAAAAGAGGAAUGACCUGGGCCUCCCCAAGAUGGAGGUGUUUCAGGAAUACUAUGGGCUUCCUCCGCCCCCCGGUGCCUUUGGGCCUUUUCUGCGGCUCAACCCCGGCGACAUCGUGGAGCUGACCAAGGCGGAGGCUGAGCAGAACUGGUGGGAGGGCAGGAACACAGCUACCAAUGAAGUUGGCUGGUUUCCCUGUAACAGGGUGAAGCCCUACGUCCACGGCCCUCCUCAGGAUUUAUCUGUUCAUCUCUGGUACGCCGGCCCCAUGGAGCGAGCAGGGGCAGAGAGCAUCCUUACCAACCGCUCGGACGGGACGUUCUUGGUGCGGCAGAGGGUGAAGGAUGCUGCAGAAUUCGCCAUCAGCAUUAAGUAUAACGUGGAGGUCAAACACAUUAAAAUCAUGACGGCAGAAGGAUUAUACCGGAUCACAGAGAAAAAGGCUUUCCGGGGGCUUACGGAGCUGGUGGAGUUUUACCAACAGAACUCCCUAAAGGAUUGCUUCAAGUCGCUGGACACCACCUUGCAGUUCCCCUUCAAGGAGCCUGAGAGGAGAGCCAUCAGCAAGCCACCAGGAAGCACCAAAUAUUUCGGCACAGCCAAAGCCCGCUAUGACUUCUGUGCCCGGGACCGGUCGGAGCUGUCCCUCAAGGAGGGUGACAUCAUCAAGAUCCUCAACAAGAAGGGGCAGCAAGGCUGGUGGCGGGGCGAGAUCUAUGGCCGGAUUGGCUGGUUCCCUUCCAACUAUGUAGAGGAAGACUAUUCCGAAUACUGCUGAGCCCCGGAGCACCGCCGCUAGAGAGAUGAGAAACUCCAGGCUCGGAGCCCAGGGCGAGCAGGCAGCGGGGGCCAGGGGCCGUGACAGGUCCCGAGCGGGUGGAGAGUUCGGGAUGGAUGGACUGCAGGAAGCCAGCGUCCAGCUGGCAUUGCCCCGGGGGCACGAUGAUGCCCUGCCGUGGUUAAUUUAUAGCACCCUGAUUUCCUCUUGGGUCCCCUCGAGAAGGCAGGGCUCAAGGGGUUACUUUUAAUAAAACAAUGUAAAUGAAUGGAGGUGUCAUUGGG